CGUGACUAAAUGAGAACUGCUGACACAAAGAUGAAAUUUAAGAUAGAUUCACACAAGAAAACUGAUUUGGCCGAUCUAGAAGUGCUACGUUAAAGAGCAACAGGACUGAAGACGCUUUGCCUCUCAUCAAAAAGGCUUCUUCAGUUUUAACUUGGCAUGUUUUAAACAAAAAAAUCUUGAAGACAAAAAUAUAAUAUGAAGAUUCAAACCACUUGAUAGUGCAGAACUGAUUCUAACAGAGGGAAGCUACCGGCUGCUUUCAAGCGGAAAUGAAGAAACACUUCCAUUCCGUUACAGCACUAUGGGCAUCUACCUGGUAAUUGAAGCCAACAAUGGACUCAUUUUCAUAUGGGACAGGAAGACCAGCUUGUUCAUCAAGCUCAGCCCAAAAUACAAGGGUCGUGUGUGCGGGCUGUGUGGCAACUAUGACGGCAAUGCAAAUAACGACUUCACCACAAGGUGCCAUGCUGUGGUGGUCAACCCACUGGUGUUUGGGAACAGCUGGAAGGAUUUACCAAGUUGCCCCGACGCUCAGAGUAUCACCAGCCCCUGUACAGCCAACCCAUACAGACAGGCGUGGGCCCAGAAACAGUGCAGCAUCAUACAGAGCGACGUCUUCUCUUCCUGCCACUCCAUUGUGGAUCCUGCUCCAUACUAUGAUGCAUGUGUGUUUGACUCAUGUGCUUGUGACACGGGAGGAGACUGCGAGUGUUUCUGCACUGCUGUGGCCGCUUAUGCUGAAUCCUGUAAUCAAGCUGGCAUCUGCAUACGAUGGAGGACCCCAAAGAUCUGUCCUCUCUUCUGUGAUUACUACAAUCCUCCUGGUGAAUGUGAAUGGCACUACAUGCCAUGUGGAUCUCCUUGUAUGAAAACCUGCAGGAGUCCCUCAGGCAGCUGCUCUACACAGAUGCCUCCGCUUGAAGGUUGCUAUCCAAAAUGUCCUCCUGCUCAGCCAUACUUUGAUGAGGAUACAAUGACAUGUGUUUUAAAAGAACAAUGUGGCUGCUACGAUAAAGAGGGGAGACACUAUAAUAAUAGUGAAAAAGUGCCAACAUCUGAAAACUGUCAUACAUGUACUUGCAGUUCAAUGAACAUCCAAUGCAAUUAUGAUGCCCAAGCAUGUACUUGCGCAUAUCAUGGAAACAAAUAUCCCCCUGGGAAUACCAUCUAUAACACAACAGAUGGGCAUGGUAACUGCAUCACAGCAGUGUGUGGAAAGAAUGGUACCAUUGACAAGAGGUCAUAUCCAUGCCCAGUACCCACACCAACAACACAUAUGCCAACAACUAUUACAGGCAACCAGCCUACAACCACCUUUGUUUUUUCAUCAACCACACCAGAGCCACACACUGUCACAGUCACAUGUAGUCCUUGUGAAUGGUCGCCAUGGUAUGAUACUAGCUUCCCCACGCUCGGAACUCCAGGAGGAGACAGUGAAACUUACGAAAAGAUUAGAGAGGCAGGGCACAAGAUAUGUGCCAAGCCAAGCCAGAUCCAAUGCAGAGCUGAGAAAUUCCCUAAUGUCACCAUUGACAAUGUGGGACAAGUGGUACAAUGUAAUGUGGCUAAGGGGCUGACAUGCCGAAAUGAAGACCAGACAGGACCACUGGCGUUGUGCUUUAACUACCAAGUCAAAGUUCUGUGUUGUGACUAUAGUGCAUGCCCAACAAAGCCUACUCCUUCUACAACACCUCCAACUUCAACCGCAAAUUCUCCAACAAUACCUACAACAACGGAACAUUUUACUGAAACACCUUGUCAGGAAACAUUAUGCUACUGGUCACCUUGGAUGAACUCAGACUACCCUGAAUAUGGUCCUGGAGGUGGGGACGAUGAAACCAUCAAACACACAAUCCAGAAAGGAUUUAAAACCUGUGAGAAUCCAGUGGAAGUGAAAUGUCAGGCUGUGCGCUAUCCGGGGGUUCCCCUAAAAGACUUGGGACAAAAGGUUACAUGUAAUAACCAGGGACUACUGUGUGAGAACAAAUUACAGUAUCCUCCCAUAUGUUUAAAUUAUGAAAUAAAGACAAAGUGUUGCAAGAUGGUGAAGUGCAACACAACAACAAAACCUACUACUCCCACAACCAUACCAACUAUACCACCAUCUACUACAACUGUUACAACUCCUUCCACUACAGUUCCUGCUACACCUUCAACUACGACAACCACCACACCUUCUACCACUACUGAAACAACGACUACAACUCAGACACCCACAACUACUAGUACAACCACCACACCUUCUACCACAACUGAAACAACAACUACAACUCAGCCACCCACAACUACUAGUAAAAUCCCAACACCUUCUACCACAACUGAAACAACAACUACCACUAGGCAACCUACAACUACACCUUGCCCUGGGGGACAUGAUAUGACGUGUGGUUGGUCAGAAUGGAUCAAUCUUGGCAAGCCCACAACAGGCUCUGAUGGUGGAUACAAUGAAUCCAUCCAGAAGAUAAUCUCUGCUGGUCAUCAUGUAUGCUCAGCUCCUGAAGAAGUCAAGUGUAGAGCUGUUCUUUACCCACAUUUUAAUAUGACGGAGGUGGGACAAGAUGUGACUUGCAAUAAAGAUGUUGGUCUCGUAUGCUACAACAAACAACAAGGGCUUCGGCAACAGUGUUUUGAUUACGAGAUUCAAUUUAAAUGCUGUGGGUGUCCAACUCCAUCAACUCCUUCCACUACAGUUCCUACUACAACACCUUCAACUACUAGUACAACCACCACACCUUCUACCACAACUGAAACAACAACAACUACAACUCAGCCACCCACAACUACUAUUACAACCACAACACCUUCUACCACAACUGAAACAACAACUACCACUAGGCAACCUACAACUACACCUUGCCCUGGGGGACAUGAUAUGAUGUGUGGUUGGUCAGAAUGGAUCAAUCUUGGCAAGCCCACAACAGGCUCUGAUGGUGGAUACAAUGAAUCCAUCCAGAAGAUAAUCUCUGCUGGUCAUCAUGUAUGCUCAACUCCUGAAGAAGUCAAGUGUAGAGCUGUUCUUUACCCACAUUUUAAUAUGACAGAGGUGGGACAAGAUGUGACUUGCAAUAAAGAUGUUGGUCUUGUAUGCUACAACAAACAACAAGGGCUUCGGCAACAGUGUUUUGAUUACGAGAUUCAAUUUAAAUGCUGUGGGUGUCCAACUCCAUCAACUCCUUCCACUACAGUUCCUACUACAACACCUUCAACUACUAGUACAACCAGCAAACCUUCUACCACAACUGAAACAACAACAACUACCACUCAGCCACCCACAACUACUAGUACAACCACCACACCUUCUACCACAACUGAAACAACAACUACAACUCAGCCACCCACAACUACUAGUACAAUCACAACACCUUCUACCACAACUGAAACAACAACUACCACUAGGCAACCUACAACUACACCUUGCCCUGGGGGACAUGAUAUGACGUGUGGUUGGUCAGAAUGGAUCAAUCUUGGCAAGCCCACAACAGGCUCUGAUGGUGGAUACAAUGAAUCCAUCCAGAAGAUAAUCUCUGCUGGUCAUCAUGUAUGCUCAGCUCCUGAAGAAGUCAAGUGUAGAGCUGUUCUUUACCCACAUUUUAAUAUGACAGAGGUGGGACAAGAUGUGACUUGCAAUAAAGAUGUCGGUCUCGUAUGCUACAACAAACAACAAGGGCUUCGGCAACAGUGUUUUGAUUACGAGAUUCAAUUUAAAUGCUGUGGGUGUCCAACUCCAUCAACUCCUUCCACUACAGUUCCUACUACAACACCUUCAACUACUAGUACAGCCAUCACACCUUCUACCACAACUGAAACAACAACAACUACAACUCAGCCACCCACAACUACCAGUACAAUCACCACACCUUCUACCACAACUGAAACAACAACUACCACUAGGCAACCUACAACUACACCUUGCCCUGGGGGACAUGAUAUGACGUGUGGUUGGUCAGAAUGGAUCAAUCUUGGCAAGCCCACAACAGGCUCUGACGGUGGAUACAAUGAAUCCAUCCAGAAGAUAAUCUCUGCUGGUCAUCAUGUAUGCUCAGCUCCUGAAGAAGUCAAGUGUAGAGCUGUUCUUUACCCACAUUUUAGUAUGACAGAGGUGGGACAAGAUGUGACUUGCAAUAAAGAUGUCGGUCUCGUAUGCUACAACAAACAACAAAGGCUUCGGCAACAGUGUUUUGAUUACGAGAUUCAAUUUAAAUGCUGUGGGUGUCCAACUCCAUCAACUCCUUCCACUACAGUUCCUACUACAACACCUUCAACUACUAGUACAGCCAUCACACCUUCUACCACAACUGAAACAACAACAACUACAACUCAGCCACCCACAACUACCAGUACAAUCACCACACCUUCUACCACAACUGAAACAACAACUACCACUAGGCAACCUACAACUACACCUUGCCCUGGGGGACAUGAUAUGACGUGUGGUUGGUCAGAAUGGAUCAAUCUUGGCAAGCCCACAACAGGCUCUGAUGGUGGAUACAAUGAAUCCAUCCAGAAGAUAAUCUCUGCUGGUCAUCAUGUAUGCUCAGCUCCUGAAGAAGUCAAGUGUAGAGCUGUUCUUUACCCACAUUUUAAUAUGACAGAGGUGGGACAAGAUGUGACUUGCAAUAAAGAUGUCGGUCUCGUAUGCUACAACAAACAACAAGGGCUUCGGCAACAGUGUUUUGAUUACGAGAUUCAAUUUAAAUGCUGUGGGUGUCCAACUCCAUCAACUCCUUCCACUACAGUUCCUACAACAACACCUUCAACUACUAGUACAGCCAUCACACCUUCUACCACAACUGAAACAACAACAACUACAACUCAGCCACCCACAACUACUAGUAAAAUCCCAACACCUUCUACCACAACUGAAACAACAACUACCACUAGGCAACCUACAACUACACCUUGCCCUGGGGGACAUGAUAUGACGUGUGGUUGGUCAGAAUGGAUCAAUCUUGGCAAGCCCACAACAGGCUCUGAUGGUGGAUACAAUGAAUCCAUCCAGAAGAUAAUCUCUGCUGGUCAUCAUGUAUGCUCAGCUCCUGAAGAAGUCAAGUGUAGAGCUGUUCUUUACCCACAUUUUAAUAUGACAGAGGUGGGACAAGAUGUGACUUGCAAUAAAGAUGUCGGUCUCGUAUGCUACAACAAACAACAAGGGCUUCGGCAACAGUGUUUUGAUUACGAGAUUCAAUUUAAAUGCUGUGGGUGUCCAACUCCAUCAACUCCUUCCACUACAGUUCCUACUACAACACCUUCAACUACUAGUACAGCCAUCACACCUUCUACCACAACUGAAACAACAACAACUACAACUCAGCCACCCACAAUUACUAGUAAAAUCCCAACACCUUCUACCACAACUGAAACAACAACUACAACUCAGCCACCCACAACUACUAGUACAAUCACAACACCUUCUACCACAACUGAAACAACAACUACCACUAGGCAACCUACAACUACACCUUGCCCUGGGGGACAUGAUAUGACGUGUGGUUGGUCAGAAUGGAUCAAUCUUGGCAAGCCCACAACAGGCUCUGAUGGUGGAUACAAUGAAUCCAUCCAGAAGAUAAUCUCUGCUGGUCAUCAUGUAUGCUCAGCUCCUGAAGAAGUCAAGUGUAGAGCUGUUCUUUACCCACAUUUUAAUAUGACAGAGGUGGGACAAGAUGUGACUUGCAAUAAAGAUGUCGGUCUCGUAUGCUACAACAAACAACAAGGGCUUCGGCAACAGUGUUUUGAUUACGAGAUUCAAUUUAAAUGCUGUGGGUGUCCAACUCCAUCAACUCCUUCCACUACAGUUCCUACUACAACACCUUCAACUACUAGUACAGCCAUCACACCUUCUACCACAACUGAAACAACAACAACUACAACUCAGCCACCCACAACUACCAGUACAAUCACCACACCUUCUACCACAACUGAAACAACAACUACCACUAGGCAACCUACAACUACACCUUGCCCUGGGGGACAUGAUAUGACGUGUGGUUGGUCAGAAUGGAUCAAUCUUGGCAAGCCCACAACAGGCUCUGAUGGUGGAUACAAUGAAUCCAUCCAGAAGAUAAUCUCUGCUGGUCAUCAUGUAUGCUCAGCUCCUGAAGAAGUCAAGUGUAGAGCUGUUCUUUACCCACAUUUUAAUAUGACAGAGGUGGGACAAGAUGUGACUUGCAAUAAAGAUGUCGGUCUCGUAUGCUACAACAAACAACAAGGGCUUCGGCAACAGUGUUUUGAUUACGAGAUUCAAUUUAAAUGCUGUGGGUGUCCAACUCCAUCAACUCCUUCCACUACAGUUCCUACUACAACACCUUCAACUACUAGUACAGCCAUCACACCUUCUACCACAACUGAAACAACAACAACUACAACUCAGCCACCCACAACUACCAGUACAAUCACCACACCUUCUACCACAACUGAAACAACAACUACCACUAGGCAACCUACAACUACACCUUGCCCUGGGGGACAUGAUAUGACGUGUGGUUGGUCAGAAUGGAUCAAUCUUGGCAAGCCCACAACAGGCUCUGAUGGUGGAUACAAUGAAUCCAUCCAGAAGAUAAUCUCUGCUGGUCAUCAUGUAUGCUCAGCUCCUGAAGAAGUCAAGUGUAGAGCUGUUCUUUACCCACAUUUUAAUAUGACAGAGGUGGGACAAGAUGUGACUUGCAAUAAAGAUGUCGGUCUCGUAUGCUACAACAAACAACAAGGGCUUCGGCAACAGUGUUUUGAUUACGAGAUUCAAUUUAAAUGCUGUGGGUGUCCAACUCCAUCAACUCCUUCCACUACAGUUCCUACUACAACACCUUCAACUACUAGUACAGCCAUCACACCUUCUACCACAACUGAAACAACAACAACUACAACUCAGCCACCCACAACUACUAGUAAAAUCCCAACACCCUCUACCACAACUGAAACAACAACUACAAUUCAGCCACCCACAACUACCAGUACAAUCACCACACCUUCUACCACAACUGAAACAACAACUACCACUAGGCAACCUACAACUACACCUUGCCCUGGGGGACAUGAUAUGACGUGUGGUUGGUCAGAAUGGAUCAAUCUUGGCAAGCCCACAACAGGCUCUGAUGGUGGAUACAAUGAAUCCAUCCAGAAGAUAAUCUCUGCUGGUCAUCAUGUAUGCUCAGCUCCUGAAGAAGUCAAGUGUAGAGCUGUUCUUUACCCACAUUUUAAUAUGACAGAGGUGGGACAAGAUGUGACUUGCAAUAAAGACGUCGGUCUCGUAUGCUACAACAAACAACAAGGGCUUCGGCAACAGUGUUUUGAUUACGAGAUUCAAUUUAAAUGCUGUGGGUGUCCAACUCCCUCCACUACAGUUUCUACUACAACACCUUUAACUACUGCAACCACCACACCUUCUACCACAACUGAAACAACAACUACAACUCGGCCACCCACACCUUCUACCACAAGCUUUGUGUUCCCACAGAGGGAGUGA